GUGAGACGUUAUUGGACAGGGAGAUUCAGUUGGAGGACUCACAGGAACCGCGGGCGUCUUCUGAAGCUCCAGGUGGGAUCAGUUCUAGAGAAAUCGUCUGUGAUGCUCCCAAUAACAAGGAUGCUGAAGAAGAACCCACUGAAGGAGACCCCGGUAAAGGAGAAACUGAUAAAGGAGAAACCACUAAAGGAGAACCCACUGAAGGAGACCCCGCUAAAGAAGAAACUGCUAAAGGAGAACCCACUGAAGGAGACCCCGCUAAAGAAGAAACUGCUAAAGGAGAACCCACUGAAGGAGAACCCGCUAAAGAAGAAACUGCUAAAGGAGAACCCACGGAAGGAGACCCCGCUAAAGAAGAAACUGCUAAAGGACAACCCGCUGAAGGAGAACCCACUGAAAGAGAACCCGGUGAAGGAGAAACCGCUAAAGGAGAAACCGCCGAUGGAGGACGUGAAGAGGAGAAGACGACCGACACGAACCCGGACAGCUUUGAGAGCCGAUACACCGUCGGAGAGCUGCUGGGAAAGGGAGGCUGCGGUUCGGUCUACGAAGGCGUCCGUAAGGUGGACGGGAACCAGGAUCCUCCCUACAACCUACCGGGACAUUAUUGAGACAAACCCGGGAUGCACACUAAGAAGGUCUGAGUCCCUGGUGAUACCGGAUACCACAGGAUGCCUUCGGAUGUCUCGUGGAGUCCACGUGUCGGCGGUCCGAGUUACUCCUGAAGAAGGUCUUGUUUUGUGA